UAAAGAAAACCAUCCGCAUCCCAAGCUACACGUCGCUUUGUACGACAUGAAACAAAACAACCACCAUGACCUGUGUUUUACACUUUUGCUGAUUCUCUGUGGCAAAGGACUUUCCAUACUACCGGAUGACAGCAGAUUGCUCCUUCAGAUGCACAAUCAAUACCGGGAGUUAGUUGCUCACGGGGAGCUACACACGCAACCUGGUGCGCAAUUUAUGACUGUAUUGACAUGGGAUGAUGAUUUGGCAAGAAAUGCACAAUUCCUUGCGUCUCAGUGCGUCGUCGGUCACGAUAAAGCCCAAGAUCGUCGAACAGCAGAGUUUCCGUUGGUCGGACAAAACUGGGCUGGAGUGGGCAAUUACACGGAAGCAGUUCGCAGAUGGUUUGAUGAGAAUGUGUUUUACAAUUAUUGGACAAACAAAUGCGAGCCAAAGAAAGUGUGUGGUCAUUAUACUCAGAUUGUGUGGGCGAAGACUCGGAAAUUGGGUUGUGGCAUUGAAAGAUGCCCAAAGUCUAAAAUGCCGUUCAAGUACUCAGUCGUCUGUAACUAUGGACCUGCGGGGAAUUUUGUUGGUCAACGCCCAUACGACACUUGGGACUAUUCGGAUGAAGUGGAAGAUUUUGCUUUCCCAUUGAUUACUUAGGACAAACACGGAUGAAUCACAAUGAAUAAAGUUUGUUUACCUGACAUAUUUUAGAAAUAAAGAUAUGUUUCUA